AUGUCUUCCUCCGGAGCUGCCCCUGCCGCUGUCAAGGACAUCAAGUCCGUCCUUGAGAACAAGCCCCUCAAGUUCACGUUCAAGACCGGUGGUGCCUCGUACAUUGCCCAAGUCCACACUGAUCGCUCAUCAUAUGAGCGCGUCAAGUCAUCCCGGACGAGCUCCGCAGAUUCCAUCAGCUCGGCCUCGACCUCCGAGUCUGGCUCCAAGUAG